ACUUAAACAAAACCUCUCUUGCAAGCAAAUAGUAGACCUUCUUCAGCCUUCUUUUCGAUCUUUCUUCGCUCUGCUUCUCACCCUCCCAGCUCUCCAACAAUGGUGCUCGAGGCGACUAUGAUCUGUAUCGACAAUUCCGAAUGGAUGCGAAAUGGCGAUUAUUCUCCCACUAGAUUUCAGGCUCAAGCCGACGCCGUUAAUCUUAUCUGUGGAGCUAAGACUCAGUCCAAUCCAGAAAAUACUGUGGGAGUUCUUACAAUGGCAGGCAAAGGGGUCCGAGUUUUGGUCACUCCCACAAGCGAUCUCGGCAAGAUCUUGGCGUGCAUGCACGGUUUAGAGGUGGGUGGUGAGAUGAACUUAGCCGCAGGUAUCCAAGUGGCUCAAUUGGCUCUUAAGCAUCGGCAAAACAAAAAGCAGCAACAAAGGAUCAUUGUCUUUGCUGGAAGUCCUGUAAAGUAUGACAAGAAGGUAUUAGAGAUGAUUGGAAGAAAGCUAAAAAAGAACAGUGUGGCCAUUGAUAUUGUGGAUUUUGGUGAGGAUGAUGAUGGGAAGCCAGAGAAACUUGAGGCCCUUCUUGGUUCUGUAAACAACAAUGAUAGUAGCCACAUAGUUCAUGUUCCUGCUGGUCCAAAUGCUCUUUCUGACGUGCUUAUAAGUACACCCAUCUUCACAGGGGAUGGGGAAGGUGGAAGUGGUUUUGCAGCAGCUGCUGCCGCAGCAGCAGCUGGUGGUGUAGCUGGUUUUGAUUUUGGUGUGGAUCCAAACUUAGAUCCUGAACUGGCUCUUGCUCUUAGAGUUUCAAUGGAAGAAGAGAGAGCGAGACAAGAAGCUGCUGCUAAAAAGGCUGCGGAGGAGGCUUCCAGACAGGAAAAGGAAGGGGAACAGCAGCAAUCUAGUUCUCAAGAUGCAACUAUGACUGAGCACGCCAAUGUUGCAGCUUCUGAUGCUGAUAAGAAAAGUGAUCUAAUGGAUGAUGAGAAUGCUUUGCUACAGCAGGCCCUUGCAAUGUCUAUGGAUGACCCUGCCACUAGCCUUGCCAUGAGAGACACAGAUAUGUCUGAGGCAGCUGCAGAUGAUCAGGACUUGGCUCUUGCUCUUCAAUUAUCUGUGCAGGACACUGGAAAAGAUUCAACCAGUCAGACCGACAUGAGUAAAUUGUUGACAGAUCAGACUUUUGUGUCCUCUAUCCUUGCAUCUCUUCCAGGAGUUGACCCCAAUGAUCCUUCAGUCAAAGAUUUGCUAGCGUCCAUGCAAAAUGAGUCAGAGUCCCAGCAGAAGAAGAAUGAGGACAAGGCACCAGAUGAGGAAGACAAGUGAAUAAUCUGAUGCUGUGGAAUUUGUUUUCAUUUUUCAGACAAGAAGCUUUAUGUUGUGGUGAAUUGGCCAUAAGGGUGCAUAUGGAUGAACUUUAUGUGUCUUGGGAGAAUCGUCGAAGAACAGAGACAAACUUUAUAAGCUAGGGAAUUAAAUGAGACCUCUGCACUUCCUUAGAUAUUUAUACAUUGUUGUUACCCAGAAAAUUGAGCUGGCCUUGUUUUACUAUGGAUAUAUAUGAUUGUGAGGUGCGUGAACAAUUGGCCAAUUAAAAUCUCUUGGAAAUUUCAUAUUGGAGUUGCUCGCAUCAAAUAUGGACCAAUUAAAUGGAGAAUGGAAAACCCUUUGUUACAAGGUUUUA